GUGUGUGCUUGUGCGCGUUUGUGUGUAGCCAUGGAGAUGUCGUCGUCGUCUACGUCCUCGGCGAAUGCCAGGAGGAGGUGGAGAAACAAAGCUCCUCAACCCAUUAACGUAACCAAAUUCAUGGAGAUGAGUGGCGGCGGCGGCGGCAUGGAGGAGGCGGAGGCGCUAAGCCCGGCGGCGCGUAUGUUCCACGAAUCAAAUUUCAACGUGCACGUGGUGGCCGUCUUCGGGUCCAAGACCCGUAUAGACCCUCAACUCGUCAAGGACAAGCUGAGUCACAGCCUGCUCAGGCAACCUCGUUUCUCCUCUCUCCAGGUAACCGAUAAGAAAGGGACAAUGAGAUGGGUUCCAACGGAGGUGGACAUAUCCAGGCACGUGAUAGUCCCAAACCUGGAUCCAAACAUUGCCCGCCCCGACCAGUUUUUGGAAAACUACAUUGCCAACCUCAGCAAAACCCACCUCGACCGCUCCAAGCCGCUAUGGGACCUCCACAUCCUCAACCUCAAAACCUCCGCCGCCGAGGCCGCCGGAAUCCUCCGCGUCCACCACUCCCUCGGCGACGGCACCUCCCUCAUCUCCCUCUUGCUCGCCUUCACCCACAAAACCUCUGAUCCCCAGGCUCUUCCCACCGUUCCCGUCCACCGGAAGCGCCCCAGCCCCUGCCGCUACGGCGGGUGGUGGCGGUGCUUGGUGGCGGUUCUGAUGCUUUUCAGGCUGGCUUGGAACAGUUUGGUGGAUGUAGGGAUGCUCAUGGCGACGGGAUUGUUCCUGAAGGACACGGAGACGCCUCUCAAGGCUCCUCCCGGCGCUGAGGUCAAGCCUCGCCGGAUUGUUUAUAGAACUGUUAGUCUGGAUGAUAUGAAGUUGAUCAAGAAUGCUAUGAACAUGGACCUGACCAUCAACGACGUCGGUUUGGCGGUUACACAAGCUGGUUUGUCUCGGUACCUCAACAGGAGAUACGGGGAAAUUAACAAAGUUGACCACGGAGCAACCGAGAGUAAAAACAAUCUCCCCAAGAAUAUCCGGCUCAGAUCAACCCUCCUCAUAAACUUGAGACCAUCUGCUGGAAUUCAGGCUUUUGCUGAUAUGAUGAAGAAGGAAACGAAAGCUAAAUGGGGCAACUGGGUCGGUUUUAUGCUCCUUCCAUUCACCAUUGCCCUUCGGGACGACCCAUUGGACUAUGUUCGACAAGCAAAGGCCACUAUCGACAGAAAGAAGCACUCUCUUGAACCUAUCUUCUCCUCUUCCAUCUCCGAUUUGGUCCUCAAGCUCUUCGGCAUCAAGACAGCCAGUGCCUUGUCUCACGGAAUACUCACUCGCACAUCCAUGUGCUUCUCAAAUUUAGUUGGACCCGUGGAAGAAAUUGCGUUCUAUGGCCACCCAAUGACUUACCUUGCUCCAGGUUGUUAUGGCCAGCCACAUGGAUUGAUGAUAAACUUCCAGAGCUAUAUCAACAAGAUGACCAUUGUUCUAUCAGUGGAUGAGAGCACAAUUCCUGAUCCUCACCAACUGCUGAAUGAGAUUGAAGAAUCACUUCAGCUCAUCAAAAAGGCUGUGCAAGCAGAGGUUGCUGAUGACUGAUGAUCGACAAGGCUUAUCCAUGAAAUACUAAUUAAUUAAUACGCGAAUAACAGGUUCAUUACGUACGUGUACGCUAU